AUGGACGAGCUGAUAUUCCCACAGCCAUCGCCAGCUCCCCUCAUCCUCCCACGCCGCCUCUCAGCAGUCCACAGCAACCUGCGUCACCAAAAGAGUCGUCAACAACGACUCCAACAGCUCGGCGAACUCGGAUCCGACGACUUCUCCCUCGGUGGCAACGAAUACACCCACACCUACUACUACCCCACCUCCACCUUCCCAAACUCCUCUUCUACUUCAUCAACAACAUCACCGACAUCAUCAGGAGCACAGGCGGGAGGUUCAGUCAACGGUCCACCAGCCAUCUUUGCUUUCGGGGGAGACCGUGCCAAGGAUGGCUUUAUCACCGCCACCACAUUCGCUCCACCCCAGAGAUUCAUAGCCUCCGGAGGGCCCGUCGGGUUCGUCGACAGUGAUGGAACCUAUGGACCUACUCUUGCAACAAUUCGAGGCCAGACCAGUCGUCGACACUCGGUUGCCAGUGGAUCCCCUUGGACGACCAUCCCGCCCAAACAUGCGCUUCAUAUGCCGAUCAUGAAGGUCAACCCGGAGAUCUGGAGGAGUGAGAGUCAUCAACGAGAGAUCCACCGGCUAUUGCAUGAGGGUCGGGAAGUGGAGGUGAUGAGACGACGGAAUAUUAAGGGGGUGAUGGAUACGAGUGAGGAAGGCGAUGAGGAGGAUAAUGCAGAGAUGUCCGGUGUUGUCAUGACUAUGGAUCUUGGAGGAUUCCAGGCCUUGGAGGAUCGUGAGAAGGAGCGGGUGCGCGAAGAGGUGAUGAAGGAGUGGGCACGGACGGUCGAACAGCAAGCACUUGGGAACCAACUGCAAAUCCAACAACAGCAACAACUGGCCGAAGACCUCCUUCGACGACGCAGCUGGCCCGGGUUUGUCCAAGCACAGCAACAGGACCAAGCAUGGCGAUUACAGUCUGGACAAUUGUCUCUCGAUCAACAACAGCAGCUCUUGGAGCGCUAUCGUCAAUUCCAACAACAGCAGCAAUAUCAGCAACAACUGCGCCAGCAACAGCAACAACAGACACCCACCCAAUUGCCACCCCCAGGAAUGCAGCACCGUUCGUCUCUUGGACAAGGGCCCUUGGACAGUGGACGGUGGACCUCAUCUUCGUCUUCUGGUGGAGGUGGAAGUGGAAGUGGAUCCACCGACGUUCGUCGCGCAUCGUUUACCGACUAUCGAGGAUAA